CACCCCCGUUUCUGUCCCUCCCAACAGUGGGCGCUCUACCUGUUCCUGGUUAAAUGCAUUAUCAGCAUUUCCACCUUCUUACUCCUCUGCCUCAUCGUGGCCUUCCAUGCCAAAGAGGUCCAGCUGUUCAUGACCGACAACGGGCUGCGGGACUGGCGCGUGGCGCUGACCGGGCGGCAGGCGGCGCAGAUCCUGCUGGAGCUGGCGGUAUGCGGGCUGCACCCGGCGCCUGUGGGGGGCCCGCUGUGCGCGCAGGGUUCAGGGUCGCCGCUGACCUCGCCGCAGCCCUGGCCAGGAUUCCUGAGCCAGGGGGAAGCGCUGCUGUCGCUGGCCAUGCUGCUGCGCCUCUACCUGGUGCCCCGCGCCGUGCUCCUGCGCAGCGGCGUCCUGCUCAACGCCUCCUACCGCAGCAUCGGCGCCCUCAACCAGGUCCGCUUCCGCCACUGGUUCGUGGCCAAGCUUUACAUGAACACGCACCCCGGCCGCCUGCUGCUCGGCCUCACGCUCGGCCUCUGGCUGACCACCGCCUGGGUGCUGUCCGUGGCUGAGAGGCAGGCUGUUAAUGCCACUGGGCACCUCUCCGACACACUGUGGCUGAUCCCCAUCACAUUCCUGACCAUUGGCUAUGGUGACGUGGUGCCGGGCACCAUGUGGGGCAAGAUUGUCUGCCUCUGCACUGGAGUCAUGGUGAGUACAACUCUCUUGGGGACCGAUCCUUAUCCCAAACUGGUCAUCCUCGGACCCCAGGAAGCCAUGGAGGCAGCCCAUGCUCUCACGGACAGCGCCUAAGAAACUUGAGUGUCUGGGGCCCCCACAGGCACGUUCUCUCUUCAAGACCAAGAUGCUCACCUGCAAUCCCAACCUUGUGGGAGGCCAAGGUGGGAAGAUCACUCAAGCCCAAGAGUUUGAGGUUACAGU